CUCAUUUGCCUAUGUUAUAAAAAAGCUGCACAGAUUCACUCAUGAAUACUAAAUUCUAAAAGACCAUGUUUCUCUUUAGUAUAGUAACAAUGGGUGUCGUAAGGGGCAAUUUAGGGAACUGAACGGGUGAGGGAUGGGCAGAAGUAUCCCUCUUAAAACAUCACUAAAACUCGCCUGCCAAGCGUGCCAACUACAGUAGUAGACAGCAGUAGACAUUUAAUGGCUGAUAUAAUGAUAGUAAAAAAGAUGAAAUAUUGUUUACCUAUUACUAUAUUUAGUCUCCAAAUUCCAUUAAAAUUGAACCAUGACUUAACAUGGGACGUAAAUCCUAUCUUUUGCAAAAAGUUAUUAACGUAGAUUUAAAAUUGACGAAGAUUUACGUAAUUUCAUAAACAAAAUUUAUUCUGUUAUGAAGGCUCGCAUAUCAUGAAAAUGAAUUAAAUUUAACAGACUCUUGACAGAAGCAAACCAUUAUUAGGUAGGUAGUUACUUAUCGUCUUGCGUUACUAGGCGCUUGGCUGGCGCCAUGUCAGGGAUGGAUGGUCAGGACGACAUCAGCGGGCAUCUAAUUCGGUUUACGAUACCGUUUGUGCGAUGCGCAUUUGAUAUAAAUUCAAAGGUUAUCGCUGGCUGUGUCAGCGAUCAGUCACCGUGCGCCCACACCCGCUUGUAUACAAAUAAUACACAUGCUCGUGCCACAGUAAAAAUAACAUGAGCAGUAGCUUCAUUCCGUUUAAAAACACGCUCACUCGUCCGUACAUACCUACUCAUAAGUACGAGUAUAAUAGAGGCAUAUCGUCUGUGUGCAAACAAGUUUAUCGAAUUAUUUUUUGUUAUGAAAUCUGAGUUAACGCAUUGAUAAGACGGGAUAAAAAUAAUAAAAAAAAUUAUAUAUUCACGACUAUAAAGAAUAUACUUUUGUUAGAGUUUUAAAUUAAGUGUAUACAGCGAUAGAUAACCAAAAUUUUAAUGAAAAUAUGUUACUUUACUAAUAACGGUAACAGUCUGUUUUACCCUGUGGUUUGGUAGUUAAAUCUUCAGAGGAAUAUUAAUUGUAAUAUAAAUAAGUAAAACAUUAUUUAUGAAUUACAUAUGCGCAUUUUUGCGAAGAUUGAUCUUUUGUAAGUUAUUUAGACCAUUUGUUUCGUCGUUGGAAUAAAUAUGUUUCUUAUUAAACAUAAUUAUUAUUAAUUGUCAUUAUUUGGAAAAUAGUAAAAAAAAAUGCCUUUAUUAUUUAUUUCUUAGAAUAUAUUUACAUAUAUCAAUAUCCAGUUGCCUAUAUUAAUUUUAUUAUAUUAUUAUUUUGACUAAUACCUUCAUUUUGAAAUGGGAGCAAUUAAGAGUAAUUUGAGCAGUAAUAUUACUUAAUGUUUAUUAUAUUACUAUUUUGAGAAAUAGCUUCAAUUAACUAAUUGUUCCUAUUUUGGAAACAAUUAGAUUUGUUUGAACGGACAUUAUAAGUAAUACAUUAAAUAAUUAAUGUAUUUAAUGUCCCGUUAAUGAAGGUGCGCUAUCGCACCUAUGUACCUAUGUACCUGCAUCGUAACGUAUAUAUAGCGCGGGGUGCCCUAGCAAAGCGCAUUAGUACAGCGACUGCUCGCCCGACUGCACGUAUCAGUCGGCUCCAGCUCCGUAUUAAUUGUUUAAUCCAUGUGUAUACCAGCCAGAGGAGAAACAUGUAUUACUAUAUGGAAUUUAAUGAUCGGUUUAAUCAAGAGACCGUCACGACGGUGGAUUCUGCCAGCAUCGCAGCACACCUGCACGAGCCGCGUGAACUACACUUUCCCCCGUUCGCGCCGUCGACGCCGCAGAGAAUCUCUUCGGAAGACCUAGCAGAGGCUCUUCGCCCUCACCUUCUGCCACCAGAGCGGAUGUGGGCAUUAGGAUAUCCCCUGGAAAUAGAGCCAGACUCAUUGAAGGCAGUGUUCUACAUAAAUCCGCCGCUUCGAUCGCGACCCCUACCGUAUACCGUAUCGACGUGGGACGUUAACGCUCCGGAGUUCGUGCCAAGCGAUUCAUAUGGUGACAGCGGGCAAGGUUCGUGGGGCUCAACUUCACGGUCCGACAGUGAAGAAGAAACCGAUGCCGUGGAUGUACAUUUGUGUGUGCGUUGCAAUAACGUAUAUGAAGUGACUCGCGAAGGCGAUUAUUUAAAAAAGGAGUCGUGUAUGUACCACUGGGGCCGUCUCAUGGGAGACAGGUAUACAUGUUGUGAGGCGGUGUUCGGUACCAGAGGUUGCACACUAGCAUGCUUCCACGUAUGGAGUGGUACACGACCGGGUAUGAACGGGCCUUUUGAGGGAUAUGUACGAGCGCGUUCACCACGCGGAGGAGUAUAUGCGCUCGACACAGAAAUGUGUUAUACAACGGCAGGAUUGGAACUAACGAGUAUUGCCGUUAUAGCACCAGAUGGCCGACUAGUAUAUAAAGCAUAUGUUAAACCAGAGUCGCCUGUUGUUGACCACAAUACCCGGUUCUCAGGCAUCAGGCCGCGCGACUUGGGUCGCGCGACCAAGACUUUAAGAGAUGUGCAGAACGACAUACUAGGAUUCGUUGGAACCGAUACGAUACUGAUUGGCCACGCUUUAGAUAACGACCUCAGAGCGUUGAAAUUAUUACAUAGUGCAGUACUGGACACAUGUGUAUUAUACCCUCACGCCAAAGGCUUCCCAUUAAAGCGAUCGUUACGUGAUCUUUCUAAGGAAUUCCUUGGAAGAAUCAUACAGCAUGACAUCGCAGGUCAUUCGCCUUUAGAAGAUGCUCGGGCAGCUAUGGACUUGGUUCUUCUUAAAGUGCACGAGGAGAGAGAGAACCAUGCGCUCGAAUGGAAUCAAUCGCACGUUUUGUAACCGAAUGAUCAACCAGUCAGUGCCGCGUAAAUUAUAUAGUGAUAAUUUGAAACAAUUGUUCUAUAAACUAUGAUUUACUACUAUGUUAUGUUGUAUAGAGUGAAACGAUAUUUUUGUGACUAUAACGUUGACGGAGAGCGCGUACUGAAUAGUAUGUGCUUUCGGAUUGCAUUCAGGCAAUAAACGUGUUAUUUUUUUAUUUUUUUUUUUUUAAUUUAUUUAAUCCUCCUAUCCAACCCAAAUUGUUUUAUAAUUAUUGGUUAGGGAUCAGCCAGGGAGCCUUGUUCUAAAGAAAGGGCAGCGUUAUAAUUAUAAAUGUACACUAACUAAUAUUAUAAAAAGGAAAGAUUUGUGUU